CACUACACUCGAUCGGUGAAACAAAACAAACGGUGCAACAUUUAAUCAUUCUUGUUUUGUUGAAAAACUAUUCAUUUUAAUCUUGCAUAAUUUAAUGAAAAAUUGUGUUCCUAAUAGUUAAAUGGAAUUGAAAAGUGAACUCCAAGUGCCAAGUGAUUGCUGUUUCACCUGUCUGCGACGAUCGGACGAUUGUCUGCACAUUGCCAGCGGCGAUGAUCCGGAAUCGCAACCCAUCUUGGAGCUUCUGCUGAAACACUUCUGGUUCAAGCCGGCGGAUUUUUCCGACUCCGAGCGGCUGCUAUGCCGGGUGUGCUGGAACCGUGUGGACGAGUUCCACCAGUUCUACCUGGAGGUGGAACAGAAUCACUGUGGCAUAUCGUUGGGUCCUUCCGGAGUCGUAAAGGAUGAGACGGAGAAUGAGGACAUGGACGUUCUUCCUCCCGCUGAGGUGGUCGUUAAAAUUGAACACUUGGAAGAGGACCAGGAAGGGGAGGAUGAGGAAGAGGACGACGGUUCGGAUGAUGACUACCAGCCGGACCGGGACUCAGAAAACGAUCUGAGUGAGGAACAACCGGAGGAUGAUGUUCCAGCGCUGGUGGACGGUAUCAAACCGAAACGGAAGUACACGAAGCGGAUCAAAAAGGAAGAACAAGAAGCGAAGCCGAAAGCGACUUACCAGGUGAAGGAUGCCAAGCAGCUGGCUGAGGAAGACGAGAUUAUAAAGGGCCAUGUGCAGUACAUUUGCGAGGCAUGUGGGAUUAACUGUGUGGCGUUUACCGAGUUCCAGAAGCAUGCACGGUCCGCUCAUAGGUUGAAAGGUACCAUCGUGUGCUGUGGGACUCGCUUCUCCAAGAAGGCCCGUUUGCUGGAGCACGUCCAGAGGCUGCAGGAUCCCAAUCGGUUCCGGUGUGAUAUCUGCAACAAAAGUUUCGUCAAUAACCGGGGCAUCCGGAGGCACAAGGAGGAGAUGCACGUGCCGGAUGAACUGCGAAUCUACGGCUGUGAUCGGUGCCCGAAACGCUUCACCAAGAAGAGUCAGCUGGCGUACCACCUGAAGGGACACGUCAAUCUGGACAACGAAACGGCCAAGUGCCCGCACUGUGAAAGGACUUUUCAGACGGAGUCCCAGCUGAAGGUGCACAUCAAGAUCCGCCACACGCGCCCAACGGACUUCAUCUGCGAUGUGUGCGCCAAGGGCUUCUACUCGAAAACGGAAUUCCAGCGACACAAGAAGCAGCACGAAAUGCGUCCGGAAGAGCUCCGGGUUCAAUGCGACAUCUGUCAGGUGUGGUUGAAGAAUGCCCUCUGUUGGCGGAAGCACUAUCGCCGACACAACCAGGGCCCAACGGCGUGCGACAUCUGUGGUCACAUUUCGCCCAAUCCGACGGCGCUGGCCAGUCACAAGCGGCACCGGCACCGAACGGAGCGGCAGCACACAUGCCAGGAGUGCGGCAAGCAGUUCAAGAGGCCACUGGGCCUGCGGGAGCACAUGGCCUCGCAUACCGGGGAGGCCCUGUACUCUUGCAGCUUCUGCGACAAGACGUUCAACUCCAAUGCCAAUAUGUUCUCCCAUCGGAAGAAGAUGCACCCGAAGGAGUGGCUGGAACAGAAGAGGUCUCAACUGGAGGCACAGAGGGGAGUUGCCCCAGGGGGUGCGCAGUGAAGGGUGAGUACUUGCGGUCUUUUAAUAAAAAAAAAAAGUUUGAAGAAAGAUUACACGUUUGGUAGCUUCGAAAUCCUUGCCGAGGAGUCGUAUCUGACUUAGGGAUGGUAGCAACUAAGUACAUUUAAAACAGGAACUUUAGAGACCUCAUGCCUGAAAUACGAGACCAAAAGGCAGGGCUGUAGGCAGGACUUUUUAGAAACUUGGCCAAUAUUUUGUUAAGUCUCUAUUUUUGAUGAAAAUUAUUUUUUUUACUAAAAUAAUCCCUAAUCCUGGUCAAUCCUGGUAUAAAAUUCUAAAAACUCAAAA